CCUCUCUUUUUUCAAAAAAAUCAUCCCUUUACCUUCACUUUUUUUCUUGUUUUCUUGCUUUCUUGCACUGUAAGUGCCACUUCUCUGCAUAAAGUUUCCAUCUUUUUUGUCUUUAAGAAUUUCUGACACCCAAUUGUUUCAGCUCUCUGGUCUCCUCUGUCUUUUUUUUUUCAAUAUAUGUUUUGGGGUUCAAGAAAGAGUAACAAGCUCAAAAGGACAAGAAAAGGGGAGGAUGAGUACAUCAACUAGUAUUUUUGUGAUAAGAUGGAUCAAUUUUCUUACAAUGCUGUUAGCUGUGGGCGUCAUAGGUUUUGGGAUUUGGAUGAGCACUCAUCAUGAUGUCUGUCGAAAGUCUCUCACUCUGCCUGUUCUAGGUCUUGGAGGAGUUAUAUUCGUCGUAUCAAUUGUUGGGUUUCUUGGAGCAUGGAAGAACAACUCCAUCUUGUUGUGGAUUUAUCUGAUCAUGUUGUGCCUAAUUUUGGUGGCAAUAUUGGUCUUCACCGUUUUAGCGUUCAUUGUGACGAAUAACAGCUCAGGUCACAGUGUUAAUGGACAAAGGUACAAGGAGUAUCAACUUCAUGACUACAGUUCGUGGUUUCUAAAACAACUCAAUAACACCCAUAACUGGAAGCAUCUGAAAAGCUGUCUUGUCAAGGCUGAUGACUGUAGUAACCUAUCAAAACGAUACAGGACUGCCAAGCAAUACAAAUUAGCAAAACUAACGCCUGUUGAAGCUGGUUGCUGCAGACCACCAUCUGAAUGUGGUUACCCUGCUGUUAACGCCUCAUACUAUGACUUGAGCUUUCAUCCGACGAGUUCAAGCAAGGACUGCAAGCUUUACAAAAACUCGAAGAACAUCAAGUGCUAUAGCUGUGAUUCCUGCAAGGCUGGUGUUGCACAAUACAUGAAAACUGAAUGGAGAGUGGUUGCUAUCUUCAAUGUGAUUCUCUUUGUCGUUUUGUCGAUGAUCUACUUCGUUGGAUGCUGUGCAAGACGCAAUGCUGCUCGUGAACGCUCUAAAAUUUGAAUUCCGCCACUGCAGAAUCCAGAUGAGAUGAGUUGGUGUUCUUCAGCUGAUGAUAACAGUUCAUGUUUUUCAGCUAUUUGUUGACAAACUUUGUAAAGCUUUAUUUUAGUGAAAAAAAAAAUGAUUCAUGUAAUAUAAAAGAUUUUUUUAUGUUUAAGACCAUAUAAUUUUGAAGUGUUUAAAAGUAUA